AUGGUCUUCUUCAAGUCAGCCCUCGUUGCGUCUGCAGCAGCUGGUGCUUUGGCGGUGCCUUACACGCAGCCCAACACACUCGACCUCAACAACACAAACUCCAUCAAGGCCGUUGCCGGCAGCCUUGCUCAUGGCGCAAUGUCCUACUACAAUGGCAACGUCUCAUCAGACGCCAAGAUGGUCGGUGACCUGCCAGAACCCUAUUACUGGUGGCAGGCCGGUGCCCUCUGGGGAGCCAUGCUGGACUACUACCACUACACUGGUGACCCAAGCUACAACGAAGUUAUCGCCCAGGCCCUCACUGCCAAGGUCAACACAGGGCCCAACUUCGACUUCAUGCCCCCAGAACACGCUUCGGAGGAGGGCAAUGAUGAUCUGGGCUUCUGGGGCUUUGCUGUCAUGGCCGCUGCUGAACGCAACUUUACUCAGCCAAAUCCAGAUGCCCCAUCCUGGCUCCAGAUGGGCAUCAACAUCUUUGAGUCUUUGGCAUCUCGCUGGAACACAACUCACUGUGGCGGCGGUCUAUUGUGGCAGAUUUACGAGAGCAACCCCAACGGCCUGAACUACAAGAACUCAGUCAGCAACGGCGGCUUCUUCCAGCUCGCUGCACGACUGGGUCGCGCCACUGGCGAACAGAAGUAUUUUGACUGGGCCAACAAGGUCUGGGACUGGUCAGAGAAGGUCGGCUUCAUCGACGCUGACCUGAAGGUCUAUGAUGGCGCCGACUCUCGCGACGAAUGCACCAAGGUCAACCCGCUCUCCUUCACGUACUCCACGGGCAUCUACCUGUAUGGUGCGGUCGUCAUGGCCAACGCCACUGGACAAUCUGUCUGGCACGAUCGCGCGGUCAAGAUGUUGGACACCUCCAAGCACUUCUUUGGCCCCUUUGAGAACAGCACAAACAUCAUGUACGAACCUGCGUGCGAGACUGUCGGCACAUGCAACACGGAUAUGAAGACAUUCAAGGGAUAUCUCUCCCGCUUCAUGUACAAGUCGGCCCAAGACUUGCCUGAGCUCAAGCCCGAGGUUCUCAAACUGAUGACCCCCACGACCCAGGCUGCUGCCAAUGCCUGCACCGCAAAUGACACUGGCGUCGUCUGUGGCCAAAAGUGGUACGUUGGCGGCAAUGAUCAGUCCGUAGGUCUCGGACAGAUGAUGAGCGCUCUCGAAGCUUUGGUUUUGAACAACAAACUGCAUGCUUCUGCCAAGGGGUCACUGGGCGCCAAUGGCAACUUCGACCUUUUGCAGGAGAACAUUACUUCGGGCAAACUCAAAAUCGAUACUCGUGGAAGCCAACCCGGGGCAAACGGCUUGAAGACCACCAUUGAUUACGAGGUCAAGCACCAGAUCAGGCUCAAGGGCGACGGCUCUUUCAAGGCAGGCUUUCAAGACCAAGCGAGUAUCGGCGAGAAAUGCAAUGACGGGCAUCGUCUUGGCCUCGGCGCUUGGAACGUUGCUGCGAUUGUUGCUGGAUCGCAAGUUCUCUUCUGGGGCAUUCUCUGA